AAUUUGUUACGCGUUCGCGUUCCUUUCGUUCGCGUCUCAUGUUUCUCUUCUAUUUUUCAUAUAAAUAAUAUUUUCGUGGUGUUUUCUUUAGGUCUCAAUUGAGAUAAGUUUUAUUAACCUUAUUUAAUAACGUAAUGAUUAGUUACUAGUUUUGUGUAGAUAAUAAGAUUUAGAUAGUUGUAGUGUAAGUGACAUGGCUGAAUCUGCUGAUAUUAAUAUUCCGCUGCAUUCAAUCGAAGCGGAUUCUUCCCAAGCACACGGACACGAAGCAUCAUCCAGUGCAAAUCCUGAUGAUGGGGCAUCUAGCAGUUCAGCGACCCCAGCUGGCAGUGAGGGACAGGCUUCCCGCCAAUCAAACCUGCAACGCAUACAACAGAGAAAGGAGCAAGUGUAUAACUGGCCUCAUAAUAAAAAGCUACUAAAACUCGCUAUCUAUUCUGCAUGUCAGACACCUGAUUGCACCUGUAAUGGAUGGAAAACACCAGUAACUCAGCAAGCUGGUAAAAAUAAUGCACGUGCUGACAACCAACCAUUGGCCAGUUUCAAUGAUCCUUGCCGCAACUGCAAUCAUAUUUUGGAAAAGCAUGUAACCCAACUACAAGGACUGCCAGUAGCUGAAGUCAACCGACUGCUAGGAGCCGUAGUGGAUGUGGAGAAUAUCUUAAUGUCGAUGCAUAGAGAAGAUGACCAUGACACAAAGAGGGUUUACUACUACUUGUUUAAACUACUCCGUAAAUGCAUCCUGACCCGUACACAGCCUCGUAUUGAAGGUCCUUUGGGACAACCUCCAUUUGAAAGACCCUCUAUAGCUAAAGCUAUCACCAACUUCGUGCUAUACAAAUUCCACACUCUGCCUCAAAGGGAAUGGCAGACGAUGUACGACCUGGCCAAAAUGUUCCUCCACUGCUUCAACCAUUGGAACUUUGAAGCGCCAAGUGUUAGGAAAUUGCAAGUAUCAAAUCCUGAAGACAUUUCUGCAUACCAAAUUAAUUUUACAAGGUGGCUGGUGUUCUGCCACGUGCCGGCGUUCUGUGACUCGUUGCCUCACUACGAGACAUCUCUAGUCUUCGGAAGGACUUUACUCCGCGCCGUCUUCAAGUCUGUCUGCAGACAACUGAUGGACAAGUGCCACUCGGAACGCGACCGUAUGCCGCCAGAGAAAAGGGUUCUAGUGUUAACUCACUUCCCUCGAUUCCUGGCUCUACUCGAAGAAGAGAUAUUUAGCACCAACUCCCCCAUAUGGGAUCCCGAUUUCAAGCAAAUACCACCGAACCAUUUGCAGGCGAUUCUCGACCAAAAACCCACCAGGCGCGGAGAGUUCGAGCGAGUCACCACGAGCGGUGAUAGUAAGGACGGCUUCACGACAAUAUCACUUUCAGCAGGUUCAAUAAAGCAAGAGAGCGGUAAACGCAGCGCUGACUCCCGUUCAGGUGAUAUGCCGUCCAGCGCUAAACGGCGUCGCGUGGCCGAUGAAUCCGGCGACGACGUCAGCGAGCGGACUGUGGCCGAUAUUGUGGCCACCAUCACCGACCCCAACUACAUGUGCGGGCCCGAUGCUUUGUUCCAAAUGCAAGCUCCCCGCGACGAGGCCGCCAAACUGGAAGAACAGCGGAAGAUGAUAGAAUUCCACGUGAUCGGCAACUCUCUCACCGGCGCAGUCAACAAGCAGACCAUGCUGUGGCUCAUAGGUCUCCACAACGUUUUCUCACACCAACUUCCGGAAAUGACCAAAGAAUACAUAUCCCAACUGGUUUUCGAUCCAAAGCACAAGACGUUAGCAUUAAUUAAAGAAGGAAGACCGAUCGGCGGAAUCUGCUUUAGAACAUUUAAUUCACAGGGUUUCAGCGAGAUAGUGUUUUGCGCGGUGACAUCAAACGAGCAGGUGAAAGGUUACGGCACCCACCUCAUGAACCACCUCAAGGACUACCACAUAAGGAACAAUAUCCUGCACUUCCUCACCUUCGCUGACGAAUUCGCUAUAGGUUACUUCAAGAAGCAAGGCUUCAGCAAGGACAUAAAGCUACCACGAGCGAUGUACCAGGGCUACAUCAAGGAUUACGAAGGCGCCACUCUAAUGCACUGCGAGCUCAAUCCUCGCAUCGUUUACACCCAGUUUACAUCUGUCAUACGAAGGCAGAAGGAGAUUGUUAAGAAGCUCAUCGAUAUGCGACAGAAGGAAGUUAGAAAAGUACACCCGGGUCUUACUUGUUUCAAAGAUGGCGUGCGCAGUAUUCCCGUGGAAUGCAUCCCGGGACUGCGGGAGACGGGGUGGCGUAGUGCGGCCCGCGGUCCCGCGUUAGAUCCCGACUCCGAUGCAGAUUUACCCGCUCUAAGGCAGAUAUUACACCAGGUAAAGAACCAUGCGGCCGCGUGGCCGUUCCUGAAGCCCGUGGACAAAACAGAAGUGCCCGAUUACUACGACCACAUCAAAUAUCCCAUGGACUUACGCACGAUGGGCGAGCGGCUCAAGUCUCGCUACUACGUAUCGAAGCGGCUGUUCAUCGCCGAUAUGACGCGUAUAUUCACCAAUUGCCGCUUAUACAACUCACCUGAUACAGAUUAUUACAGAUGCGCAAACACACUAGAGAAAUACUUCCAGACCAAAAUGAAGGAGGCAGGUCUAUGGGACAAAUGAUCCCCGCCAUACGACGACGACAGCGACGAAUCCAGCGACACCUAGAAUCCUUAAUUCGAACUAACGUUUAUCAUCAUCAUAAGACGAUCCACACUGGGCCCACGGGUUAUGGCACGAUUACACGAGGUCGUUACUCCGAAUAGUAUUUAAUUUAACUUGACGAACAUUUUUAUACAUAUAUAUAUUUAGAAGAUUAUCAUCAUAUUUUGUAUUAAAAUAAUAUUUUCUAAAUGCUGUUGCUGUUACAUAAUUUUGUUUGAAGUUGUGCUGAUUUUUCGCCUUUUCCUUCAUAACAAAAGAAUCAUAACGAGUAGAAGGAAAUAAACACAUUUUGGAACUACGCUAAAAAGUGCUUCCACGCAAACUGCGGUCAAGAGGGCGGGGCGAAAAAAUGCGAUCAACACCGAUCAUGGGAUUGGUUGGGAUUUCCGUUUACCAUUAUCUUACUCAAUGAAUGGAUAGCCGAAUUCAUUUGCAGAGUUAUUUGAUUUGUUAAAAUAUUUAUGUUUGUCUGUGUGCGCUUAGCGUUAGCGCUUAAGGGACCCAUGUUUUAGCGGCCUUUGUUAUGGCGCGAUUACACGUGUUCGUUAGCCCGAAUACGAGUGCGAAUGUAAUUCGAGUAAACGACUAAGUGUAAAUGAACGCAGUCGAGUACGUCCGUAUUCGGGUAGUUUUCGUUUUGGUUACCCGACACCGUCUUGCAGCCCGUAUUACAGUGUAAAUAUUGCUUCGCGUGCCCGAAUUCGAGUAAUGUCUUUCGUGCACCCGAAUACGGGUUAACGA